AUGGAGGAUAGAAAUAAAAUCCUUGGUGGUAGCCAAUGGUGCUGGGAGGACAAUCAUCCUUUGAUGCUUAAACCGUGGCAUCCGACUUUCAACCCCGAGUUAGAAUCUUUUGAUCGUGCUCCUAUGUGGAUUAGACUUCCAAACCUUCCGUUACAAUACUGGUUUGACUCAUGCUUUGAAGCUAUUGGGAACUCCCUUGGUAAGUUUUUAUUGAUUGAUGAUGGAUCUCUCAAUUUACUACAUACAACUUUUGCUCGUGUCUUGGUGGAGAUGGAUACGUCCAUGGGUCUCCCUUCGGAGAUCUCUAUUUCUACGUCAAAGGGAGUUUGGCUCCAGUCAAUGGAUUAUGAAGGGAUUCCUUUUAGGUGCAGGAGAUGUCUUAAAACUGGUCAUAAUGUUGAUUCUUGUGCUAAGCGUAGGGUGAAGAGUCUAGCUUCAUGGUGGAAGGAUGUAACCCCCCAAUCUUACGUGAUGGAGAAGGUGGCUGGGAAUCUGAAAUCUCACCAGGAUGUUAGGGGUUUGAUCAAUGAUUCUAUUGCGAAGGUUCCAGAACUAUCAAAUGAAGGGCAAGGGCCGGCUGGUGGUUUGGUUGGCAAGGCAGUUUGUCCCGAGGGUUGCAGCUCCUUUCAGGAUGCUAUUGGAGGUGUAUAG